AUGAAGCUCCGUAAGCUAUACGGCUUGGUCAAAAAGACGUACUAUGAAAAGAGAAAGGAUUUUGUUCUUUACUUUUUCUUUUUGUUGAUCCCCUUUCUGUUAGUAUCAUUUCAUUUGUUCCUUAGGAAUAUCAGCGACAAGUACUCCCUCGAGAUCUACAACAACUUCUCCGAAAAUGAUAAAAUAGAUUUGAACGACACCAUCAGGCAGUACGUCUUAUUUUUGAGCAACGAGCUGUGCUCCAGAGAAAUCGGCGAAGACGUGUACGUGAACCACAUCUGCCUGACGCCGGACGACGAGCUCUCCAGGGCCUUCCUCGCCUACGCCAACCAAAACGACCUGAACAUAUUCCGGGUGUACAGCAGCGAGGAGGAGUGCCUGCAGAAUUUGAAGUAUGCCAUUCAGCUUCGGGAGAGUGACUUGGCCAGCGGGAGCCAAAGAUAUGGCGGCGAUAAUAGAGGCGAUAAUCUAGGCGAUGGCCGAGGGGAGGAGCUCUCCCCCUUAGUGCACUCCUUUAAAAACAAUUUGAAACGGGGCAAGGCCAUAACCCUGGAGGAGCUGUACCGAGAUGUGCACCCAGAAAACGACUACGAGGUGCUGCUAAAGUUGCAGAUUGAUGAGGAGACCCUGAGAAAGGUCAAAAGCACGCAGCUGUACAGGUCCUUCAUUAGGGAUAUAAAGAAGCUGAAGGACGAAAGUAGCCACAAUGCCUUCUUCCAGGACGAGCGGAGAAAAUUGUUUUUUUUUAAUUUCGUGAAAAAUAAUUUGAUCGAGACGAACAGAGCGUGCGGCUUGCUCGGCAUUGAAAAUGUAAGUCACCUGGGGCAGCAGAACCGGUUGCGCUUCUCCUACGUGUUGGGGCGGAAGCCCACCGGGCGCCCCGGCGGUGCCGCGGCCAAGGGGGGAAACGAAGCCAACGGGGCCAACGAGGCCAACGAGGCGAGUCACACGAACGAGACGACCACAGUUAAGCCGACUAGCGAUGGUAAAGAUAGCAGCAGAGAAAAAAUAGUUAACAAUAGCGGAAUGGCCAAGCCCAUUGGAGACACUCACCUGGGGAUGCCGCUGCAAAAACAGAGAGACGUCAUCACGAACGUGAGCUACAAAAUCAGAGUGGGGGACUACGCGCUGCUGACGUCUAGCGAGAACUACUUCUUCAAUGAUAUAAACAUAAAUCUGAAGCAGAAUUUUGUGAAUUUUAAUACCGUGGACGAUUUGUCCCUAAACGUGUAUUUUAACGAGUGGUACUACAGCAGCUUCUUCAUCGUUUUGGAGUAUCACUUUAACUUGUUUAUGCUCAGGUAUAACGCGCAGCUGGGGAGGCAUGCUUCGCCGCACUCCGCCACGGACGCGGCCGUACCGGCCACAGACACGGCUAGUCGGUCGCGUGGCUCACUCCACCUGAACGACUUCUUCCUGCUGAAGAUGCCCAUGAGGAGCAUGAAGAUUAACGCCUUCGACACAUUCGAAAAGAACAUUUUCCGCGUGGUGAUGUUCCUGUGCGUCUGCCUCUUCAUCGUGAACAUCUGUUUUGACAUUAACAAAGAGAGGAAGGUCAGCAUGGAGAAUUUCCUCUUCUGUUUGAAGAUAAAUAAAUACUAUUAUUACUUUUCCUGGCUCCUCUUCUACUUCAUCGUUUUGUUUUUCUAUAACAUCCUCUUCACUUACGUCAUACAUGUAUACAUUUUUAAAAAAAUGGUAAAUUUUUUUAUUCUCUUUUUUUACAUGUACAUGUUCAUAGUGAGCAGUUUACUUUUCACUGUCAUUUGCAUGCACUUCUCCGACAAUAGUGCAAUAAAUUACAUUGCUUCUUUUUUAAUUUUUUUUUUAUUUUCAUCUUUCCGUUUGAUUAUUCACUCUGGAGUUGGAGACGUGCUCUCCUUCUUCGUCUUGCUAAUCCCUCAUGCGUCUUUCUGCUUGGCGCUGGAUUUCAUUUUCAUUUUAAUUAAAAAUGGCAUUCAGAUUGGCUACCCCGAGAUGUUUAUUAAAUUCGAGAAUAUUUGCUUAAUGCACCUUCUGCUGUACUCCGUUUUGUCCUUCGCCCUUUUGACGUGCAUCCUGACCUACAUGAUACACCACCGGAACAGGCACCAGGGGAAGCUCUACCUCCGGGGGGGGGGUGCCCCGCAAAUGUGUAGCAGUGGAAGAAGAGGGGGAAGCGGAAGAAGAGGGGGAAGCGGAAGAAGAGGGAGAAGAGAAAGAAGAGGAAGAAGUGGGCCAAUAGAUCGAAGCGGGUCGAGCGGGUGCAGCCAGGCGGACUGCUUCAUGCUGGAGCUGACCGACGGCGCCCCCGAGGAGAAGCGGCAGAAGUGUCAGACGCGGCCGACGUGGCCGACGCGGCGGAGCCCAACUGGUGAAGCACAACGGCCGAUUCGGAAGCGGCUGGCGCCUCUGCGCGCCGCGGACCCCCCCUCGGACUGCUACCUAGUCAUCAAGAACGUCAACAAGACGUACGGCCGAAAGGACGUGCUGAAAAACGUUUCGCUUACCCUGAGGAGCAACCGGAUAUUUGUCCUGUUGGGGGAAAACGGCUCGGGGAAGUCCACCCUCAUCAACAUCAUAACGGGGAUGAUCACGAAGGACGCCGGGGAAAUACACUUCAUCAGGGGGGGGGGAAGUGGCCAAGGCGUUAGCGGCGAUUGCAGCGGCGGCCAUCACGUCAGCUCCCAUCGCGGCAGCACCCCUCGCGUGAUCGCGCGCGGACGCCCCAGGGGAGCCGCCCCCCUCCGAAAACUCCUGGGAAGAAGAACCCGCCAAAGCAACCACGAAAUAGAAAUCAGCUACUGCAGCCAAAACGUAAUCCUCUACGAAAACCUCACCUUCUACGAAACCAUCGUCAUAUUCCUCCUCUACUACAAUAAGGAUGUAGAGACUUAUUUGAAGAAAAAAAGGACUCGAAAAAUAAUGAACGAUUUGGAUCUAGCAAAGUACCUCAACCAUAAAAUUAAGAACCUCAUUGAUGAUGUAAAGAAAAAGAUUUCCAUUUUCAUUUGCUUCCUGGUCAAGAGAGACGUGUACAUUUUGGACGAGCCCUUCAUCGCUCUAGACAUUAAGACCAAGACCAAGCUCUUUAAAUUUUUUGAGAAAAUUAAAAAGAACAACAUCAUUUUUAUUUGCACCCAUGACAUAUACGAGGCCAAUAACUUCGCCAACGACAUCGCCGUCAUCAAGAGCGGGCAGGUCAUCUUCAACGGGACGAAGCGGCAGUUCCGGGGGCUCAUCGACUACAAGUUCGUUUUGAAUGUGCGCUUUGGGGGGGGGGCCCUGCAAAGUGGAGGUAGUCAUAGUAGCAGUAACGUUGGCGACAGUCCAAAUGGAGGUAGCCAAAACAGUAGUGGCAACCCUGAGAGCAACCUGUUCGACUUCCUAACCGACCCCGGCGCGCCCAGCAACCCCCCGGAGACGAUCAAGCAGGACAUCAUCCACCUGGUGAAAAGCGUGCGGGAAGAAAACAAAACGUGCUUCAUCUUCUUCAACUCCACUCACGUGUACUGCACAUAUAAGAUAAGCGAGACGGAGUCGCUGAAGAAGCUGCUCUACGUGCUAAAGCGAUUCAGACACAUCCUCACAUACGAGCUAAAGACAAUCGACAUUUACUACACGUAUAUUUAUAUUUACACUUACCAUGAAAAGAAGAACCUUUUGAAGAACGUCCAAGAUAGGGACCUUAGAAAUUUGAUCAAAAUGGAUCCUCUCUUUUAUCUUUUUUUUGACAACGUUAGGUAUUUUAAUGAGUUGAAUAGCAAGUUGGCCAUCUCGGCUCCUCCCCCCGGGGGUGGUGGUGGGUCUGGCCCCCCCGAUUGGGGCUAUCUGUGGGGUAUCCUGGUUAGGGGGGGGAGAGCCACUGGUGAAGAAGGGGCGGAGAAGAAGGGGCAGGAGCCAAACUGCACCCCUAACAUGGGGAAACCCCACCUGGCCGAGCCGCUGACCGCUCGGCUGGCCAACUUCCUCUCCACGUACGUCAGGCCCACCCUCUCCCUAAAGCUGAAGAAGGACCUCUGCAACACCAGCUUCUACUGGUACAAAUUCCUCGUGCCAAUUUUCCUCCUCUCCUUCGGCCUCCUCAUAAUAAAGUGCGUCUCCCUCUUCGGAAAAAUAGAAAACAUAGAGCUGGAUUACUCCACCAUUUCGUCAAAUCAUUUGAAGACCAGCACGCUGAACUACUACAUUAUAUAUACCUCUGAGGUGGGCCCCGAUGGGGGACGGCCAAGCAGCACAGAUGGGAAGGUCACCUCCAAAUGGGUCAGUCAGUGGAAGGGAAGAAAGUGGAAAAGCAAAGCGGUAGUACCAAUGAAACAGAUGGAGAAUCACCCCCCAGGGAUAAAUCAAAAUUGGAGAGACAACCAGGCCCACCUUCCAACCGACUCCUUCAACUUCUAUAACAGCACGAUCAACUCCCUGUUGGAGAGGUACUGCAUAAACGAGAAGAUUAACUACAUCGACGAAUUGAUAAACGAGGACAAUCUGUAUGAACAUGUUCAUAAUUAUUUGGAGAGGAGGUCCACUCAGCAGAAAGACAUUUCCCUGGGCACGUACAUAUUUCAGAUUAACGAGAAGCAGACCAAGCAGGGAGACCUGGACUACAGAACAGAUGUGGAUGUCAGCGUGAAUCUCUUUUGCAACUACACCUCUAUACAUUCCUAUGCCUACUACACCAACUCGGCUUUCAACAUUUUGGCGGAGUUUCAGAGCGGGAUGCAGCACCGAGGUGGAGGGAGCCCCCAAUGGGCAGACAAUACGAAAUCACACCCAUCUACCGCUACACCUACCGCUACACCUACCGCUACACCUACCGCUACUCCUACCGCUACACCUACCGCUACUCCUACCGCUACUCCUACCGCUACUCCUACCGCUACACCGCCCCCCCCCGCGCGGAAGAACCAAAUCGACGUGAUCAACGAGCCGUUCCCCAUCAAAUUCCACGAGUACUUCCUGCGCGACUUCUACAUCAACAUGUACGUCUUCCUCUCCAUCGUCAUCUUCUUCUGCGUCUUCUUCGAAAAGCUGCGCAACGAAAUAGACCACAGAAAGGUGUUUCAAAAAUUUAACGUCCACAAAUAUGUGCAUUAUUUGCAGAUCCUGCUGCUGGAGUAUAUGUAUUAUUUAAUUUAUAUCCUCCUCCUCUUUUUUAUUCUCUACGUAUUUCAGUACCGCGAAUUCGUUCUUCCGUCUUUUUUUCUCUUUUUGAUGCUCUACGGGUUUAACACCUUCCUGUCUAUCUCCCUCUUCUCCUCUCUCUACCUGCACAGUUACAUCCUCUUCGUCUUUGUUAAUUUUAUUUUCUGUGGAAUCAUUAGCAUUGUCAUUUACGUCUUGGUCAUCCUCUCAUAUGCCUACAACAAUGAAGUGUUGAUGAACCUAUCGCACGUCUUCGUUUGCAUUUUUCGCAUCCUGGAUUCUUUCUCUCUUUCCCAUGUGCUCAACAUCAGAAGUUUAUGCCUGAACAUGAGACGUCACAUGCAGCAAAUUGACGAAGAGCUAAUCAGGGACACCUCCAGGAGCUACUUCCAACAGGGGACACACACAGGGCACUUGCACGGAAGCUAUCCAGACGGUGUAUCCCCACGUGGGGCAGGAGACACAUUAUUGGGUGCAGUGCGCACAUCGGAUGCGUUGAAGGGAUUUUGCAGUGACUCCAACUCGUUCUUUAACACCACGGGGGAUUUUCUCUUCCUCAUCGUGAACUGCGCGCUGUACCUGCUGGUGCUCUUUUACAAGUUGUACUGCCUCAACCGGGGUGCGAGCAGAGAGACUGUGGAUGAAACGGAGAGAAAAUAUAAUAAUGAAUUGCCGAGUGAAAACCCAACUGAGCAGCGAAGUGACCUACAGAGCAGCACCAACGGGGAAUCGAGUGACGGCGCGGGAAGGCCCCACUCCAAGCAGAAGUACUCCUUUGCAGUGAGACACUUUUACCUUACUAACAGAGAGUACAAGAGGGACGAACGGGUAGAAAAGAAGGGCCUCUCCAAGCUGCUCACCUACGCAAGCAGGGUUUUACGAUUGCCCCAGAGAACCGUCGCCACAGACACGUACAGGAGAUUCAGCGAGGAGCUAUCUGAGGAGGACACCAAAGAGACUUCCGCAAUGCCCAAUGGGAAUGGCAAAGAAGCACCAGCAAGAGAGGAGGGAUCAUCCGAUGAGGGAAGCCACAGCGGGGGAAGCGGCUCAGAGGGGAGCAGCCACCCCCCCCACCAGCAACACCCCCGCGGAGGCCAUCACGCAGACCAAAAGUACAUCCUCAAGGACAUCAACGUGAAAAUGAGGCCCUACAAGAUAUACACCUUCUCCUCCAUCUUUAACAACGACCUGAAUGUGCUCUACUUUUUCAAGCUCUUCUUCGCCAGGGGGUCAGCGGGGUGGAGGGACGAACGCACUACGGAUUGGCACACCAAUGGGCACACCAAUGGGCACACCAAUGGCCACACAGACGAACGCACUACGGAUUGCCACACUGACGAACGCACGAAGGACGAGCGCGACUACAAAAUCGCCCUCAUCCCCAACAUGACCAUCUACGAGCACGUGAAGGUCAUCCUGACGUACAAGAACAUCUCCCUCAGCAACGCGGAGCUCCUCUACGUUAUCCACCUCCUCAUGCUCACCGUCAACCUGCGCUGCGACCUGCACAUAAACUGCAACCAACUCAGUGGCGGGAUGAAGAAGAAGGUGGAGCUCAUCAUCAACCUCCUUCGAAACGACCGCAUUAUUUUCCUCUACAAGCUGAAUGACAAUAUAGAUUUCUGCUCGCAGAUUUACAUAAACCUCAUUUUGAGGAACGUCCUGUUGGUGAACGAGCGGGGAGAGGGCGGCGGCAAGGGGGGACACCAACUUGGUAUAACUCCUGACAGCCAAGUGAACCGCCAACUUGGUCUGACCCCCCCUGACGGGGGAGAGAACCUCCCGCGAGAGGACCAAACGGAGUGCCCCAUAUCGUCGAACAUCCAAAGCGUCAACGAAGGCAUAAUCAACGCAUUCAUAAAGGAGAACAUUUUGAAGAUAAAAUUUGCCCCGACCAACUUUGUGAUUUACACGCAUAUAUACACGGACAUCUUUUACUACGACUACUUGUACCUGUUUAACCAGAACGAAAUUACCUAUGCGAACUACACGAAGAACAUGAUGAGGAGCUUCCAGAGCUACUACUCCUUCCAGUUGAAGCUGAAGGGCAUCGACCAGGCCAAGAUAAGCGAGUACAUACGGGUUUUCUUCUGCACGAACAAGCGCGCGUGCGUUCGCUUCUGCAGGGUGGUGAGGGCGCUCGACGAGCGGGGCAGCGGCGGUAGCGGUAGCGGCAGUGGUAGCGGCAGCCGUGGCAGAGAGCGCAGCAGAGACCGAAUCAGCAACCGAACCAGCAACCGCAGCGACACGGACGAGCGGCGCAGCCGGGGCGCCGUCCCCCUCGUCGAGCAGAACGCCAAAAGAAACGCGCUCAACCUGCGCAACCUCUUCUGCAUUUUCAAAAUCGUCAAGAGGAGCAAAGACAACAGCCUCCUGCCCCUCCGCCCGAGCAAAAAAAAAAAAAAUAACCUACUCAUGAGCCUCUCCAAGCUCCACCGAGUCCUCCUCAACCUCAUAAUGGACAAGUCCUCCCACGUCAACCAGUACCUCAACAGAAAUAAAUACAUCUCCCUCUUUCUCCUUUUCAAAUUUGCCAUUUGUGAGUUAGCCUACCAGAAUAUACAGCAGUUCCUGCAGAGCUGUAAGUCGGUGAAGAGGGUCUACUCCGAGGUCACUGCCUCCAGCCAGUGCCUCUUCAUUUUGAAGGUCCCCGACAACAGGCACUUCUUCAAGUUGCUGGAAAUCAAGCAGCGGAUCAAAUUCGACGACAAGGAGAUACAAGUGCAGCAGGUGGACAUGAACAACUUGAACGCGAACGAUAUUUUCCUCCUCCUGUUUAAGAAGCUCCUGUGA